GCUCGUGCUGGAGGAUGGACGGGAUUACGCACGGCGCACAAUUCCCUGUGCUGCUCGCUCUGUUAUGGAUUUCUCUGCACGGCAUUUCUCCGUCUGCCUGAAUUGAUCAUCUAACACCUUUUAAUCCCACUGAUUCUGGGGAUAAACAAGAUAUAUGGAAACAUGGCCGACAUCCCUCAACUGGUCAAGAUUGGGAUUUCAUUGAAGAUGCUUCCCAACAACACGGCGGUGCAUUUCAAAUCCGACGGCUCCAGGUUCGGACAGACCCGAACCAUCAAGCUGCUGACCGGCUCCAAAUACAAAAUCGAGGUGGUCGUUAAACCAGGAGCGGUCCAGGCCACCUCGAUGAGUGUGGGUGCGGUGACCUUCCCCCUGGAGCAGCAGUCUAAAGACCCGCAGUCAGUGGUCUAUAGUGGCCAGUACAACACAGAAGGGGUGACACACACCAAGAGUGGAGAGCGGCAACCCGUUCAAAUCAACAUACAGUUCACAGAGGCGGGGCUGUUUGAAACGGUGUGGCAGGUGAAGUACUACAACUACAACAAGAGGGACCACUGCCAGUGGGGAAACAGCUUCAACUGCAUCGAGUAUGAAUGCAAACCCAACGACACGCGUACGCUCAUGUGGGUCAACAAGGAGAUGUUUGUCUGAUAGAGGAAGAGGUUUAAAUAUUCAGUGUGUACUCUGCAAAAACACAGUCCACUCCACCUAACUCCUUUACUGGAUCAUCAUCAUCAUCAUCAUCAUCAUCUACCCAUAUCAGAAAAUCUAAAGGUUUUUCUCCGUUAGAAAAGGAGAUGCAAACAUUCUCCCUUUUGUGCCGUAAAAAAGCAUCAGAUUUAAUGCCAAAUUGGAUCCUAUGGCAGAACAUAUCUCACGCGGUGAUGUUGCCAGUCUCUUCACAGUGGUUUUGUUUGUUUAGGCUGGUUAUACAAAUGUGUCAAAAUGAAUAUGGCACGUUUUAUUGAGGCUGAAAUGUAACAUGUAUCACUUCUCAACUAUUUAGGUUUUAAUUAUGUAUUGAAAGACUAAAACUAAAUGAAGGAGAUAGAUACUUUUAAUGUGGUGAACCUCAAGUGUGUUCAGUUGAUGUGUAUUUACAUUGCUGUGUGUGUGUCAGUGGACGUGUGCCUGUGUGUUUAGCUACAGUAUGUGUGUUUUACAAAAAGGUGCUUGUGCAGAUGUGUUAAUGUACUUUUAAAGCUAUACAUGUGAAGAGUUUCAUUCCAAAAUGACUUUGUGACACUUCUAGAAAUCCAUGUCACGGCUUAGAAAACCAGUGUCCUUGCAUUAGUGACAUUUUUAUUUCAGUGGCCCUGAGCACUGUGUUGAAAGGAGCCAGUUGAGGUGGUUCAUCUAGUAAGGAUGCCACCUGGGCGCCUCCCUAGGGAGGUGUUCCAGGCACGUCCAGCU